GCUAUCUCAUGUGUUGAUGCAUCAGAAGGCUUGAAGAAAGCCUGGCUUGUUGCUUGCGCCGUAGUUACGCACUGGAACCCUGUGCUUCAGAGUUUCCCUGGCUGCCGGGGGGGCAGCCAGGAUGGAAUUUGCUUUCCCUGCUGUGUGACUUGGCCUCUGGAAGCCUUUUCUGUCCCUGAGGAGCUGGAGACUGACCACAGCUGGAUGUGGGUGGAGAGUCCUCGACCUUCUGCCCAUCCAGCCUUCUCCAGGGUGAUGACUCCUGCCUCCUGAGACGUUGGAAAACCUAGUUUGGAAGAAGAGUAACGAUACAGUUGAUGCUGAACUACAGCCGAGGAUGAAGCGGCGAGCAUCGGACAGAGGAGCUGGGGAAACAUCGGCGAAGGCAAAGGCUCUGUGCGCGGGGAUUUCUGGGAAUAACGCCAAGAGAGCAGGGCCUUUCAUCCUGGGUCCACGUUUAGGUAACUCCCCUGUGCCAAGUAUUGUUCAGUGUUUGGCAAGAAAGGAUGGGACAGAUGACUUUUAUCAGCUGAAGAUUCUCACCUUAGAAGAAAGAGGUGAUAAAGGAAUAGAAACCCAGGAGGAGCGACAGGGCAAGAUGCUGCUGCACACGGAGUAUUCUCUUCUUUCCCUGCUCCACAACCAGGAAGGAGUGGUCCAUCAUCACGGGCUCUUCCAGGACCGAGCUUGUGAAAUCAUAGAAGAUCUGGAAGCCAACAGGAUGGUCAGGAAGAUGAAGAAGCGCAUUUGCCUGGUGUUGGACUGUCUCUGUGCUCACGAUUUCAGUGACAAAACAGCAGAUCUGAUCAAUCUGCAGCAUUAUGUCAUUAAAGAGAAGAGACUCAGCGAGCGGGAGACCGUGGUGAUAUUUUAUGAUGUGGUACGAGUGGUAGAAGCAUUACACAAGAAAAAUAUUGUGCACAGAGACUUGAAACUAGGAAACAUGGUGCUAAACAAAAGGACUCACAGGAUCACCAUCACCAACUUCUGCCUGGGGAAGCACCUGGUGAGCGAGGAUGACCUGCUGAAGGACCAGCGUGGCAGCCCUGCCUACAUCAGCCCAGACGUGCUCAGUGGCCGGCCAUACCGUGGGAAGCCCAGUGACAUGUGGGCACUGGGGGUGGUGCUGUUCACCAUGCUCUACGGCCAGUUCCCCUUCUACGACAGCAUACCUCAGGAGCUCUUCCGCAAAAUCAAGGCUGCCGAGUACACCAUCCCCGAGGAUGGCCGGGUCUCUGAAAACACUGUGUGCUUGAUCCGGAAACUGCUGGUCCUGGACCCGCAGCAGCGGCUGACGGCUUCUGAAGUGCUGGAUUCCCUCAGCUCCAUCAUAGCGUCCUGGCAGUCCAUGUCCUCGCUGAGUGGCCCUUUGCAAGUGGUGCCCGACAUAGAUGACCAAGUGGCUAAUCCCGAAAACCCCCAGGAGGUGAAGGUGACAGAGGAGUGCUCCCAGUAUGAGUUCGAGAACUACAUGAGGCAGCAGCUGCUCUUGGCUGAGGAGAAGAACACCUUGCAUGAGGCCAAGAGCUUCCUGCAGAAGCGGCAGUUCGGGAACAUCCCGCCGGUGCGGCGCCUGGGCCACGACGCGCAGCCCAUGAACCCCUUGGACGCGGCCAUCCUGGCCCAGAGGUACCUCCGGAAGUAGCUUCCCACGCCCCAAGAGCACGAGCACCACCCUGCAGCCUGCCCUCACCUCGCCUGCUCCAGCCUACAGCAAUACUGGUGUCCCACGACGGGGAAUAAUGUAGCAAUCCCAAGCUCUGUCCAGGGACACGCACUCACACCCGCUCCGGACGGAGAAGACUUUUGGAAAAGCUAGUUUUGGAAGCAGCAACCUCUUGGCAUCUUCUGGAAUCUGUUUUUUUAAAAUCGAAGCCUAGAUGACUAAUCUGCUUUUGAUCAUGACUGUAAUCUACCUCUCUUGUCUUUUUAACCAUGCUGUUCUCUGGAUCGAGCAAAGCCCGUGGGAAAGGAGGAGACUUCCAAGGGUGAAGCUGCUGGCACAGAGCCGCGGCCGUGCAGCGCCGAGCCGCCCCUGGCGCCCGCUCCGUGUGGUUUGAAUAAGCUUGGAUUUAUCAGGGUUUCUCGAAAGGCAGAAUUUCUUGAAACCUCCCACUUCCCUUCAUCUGCAUCAAAUCUGUUUCUGUCCUUACGUGCCACCUGGUCUGGCCACGCUGGCCAGUCCUGUGUGGCCACCGCCGUGACCGGAGAGCCCGGCCACCGCCUCAGGCAGGAGCUGAGGAGCCCAGGCAGGGAGCAAAUCCUGUCCCCAGUUCAAAGGUUUUGCAGGACUUGGCCCGCCAGGGCUCCUGCCCCCUCUCCCACCUCUCACUGAUUCCUUUAGUUUAUAAGGAUCUAUGAUUUAAUCUUAUUUUUCAGUAGCAUAUCCCAGGUGCAGUUACAGUUGCAUUAAUUCUGAUUUAGGGUUUCCCCCCUCAGUUGUGGUACAGAUGUAAUAUAUGAGUUAUAAUGUGAAAAGCUUCCCAAAAUAAUUUGCCUAGAGAUAGGAGGGGCUGGCUGAAGUCUCUACUGUAUUUGUUCCCAGCUUUUCUUGCCAUCCCAGCCCAAACCUGGAGGUGCCUCUGCCCUCAUGCCAAGGCAGGAGAAGGACAUCCUGGUUUGUCACCUGGUGCCACUGGAAGAGCUUUGGCCUGUGCUGAGAGCAGGAACGAUUGUUUCUGAGCCUCAUUUAUGAACUGGAUGCCUGUCUUGCCAGAUGAACUGUUCUCACACAGAGCUCCCAGGGCUCCCAGUGCCCUGGCCAGGGCUCCUGCUCAAGGCAGCACCUUCUUCAGCUGCCUCCUUCCCUGCUCCUGGCUGCUCCCAGCCCUGGCAUCGCCCUCCUGCCAGCCCUGUGAGCAGGGAGGGCUGGAGCUGGGGGCUGCCCUGCUUUUUGGGGCUGCACUGCUCUCUGGGCCCAGCUCUUGCAGCACAGCAGGCAUGGGCAGGGAGUGAGUUGCAGAUGGUUGUAGCGUGUUGUUGCCUUUUCUUGCCCCGGGCUGGGGAAGGGGAGGGGGUCUAAGCUGGGCCACGCCAGCAGUGGCUUUGUGGGGACAGGGGCUGGACCUGAACCUCCCUGGCCGUGUCGGGCAUUACGUCCUGCCUGCGCCUCGCCAAGGCCCUGUGGCCAGGCAGGGCCUCGUGAACACUAACACAGACCAGCUCCCUGCACCACCCCAGCCGAGCCAGUAGCCCCAACUCUUUCGCCUUAUUUAUUUUGAAGAUGGUGGGCCUGUCCUGUGGGCCCAUCACCCCCUGUGCCACCAGCAGCAGGGCAAGGAUCCUCUGAGCACCCCAGCAGGGCCCUGCUCUCUCCUUCUGGUUCUCUCCUGCCUCACUCCCUGUUUAUUUUUACUGUUUUUCCCCAAUGUUAAAGCAAAAAGCAAUAUUCUGGGACUCCCUGAGGCUGUAUCACACCAGGAUCCUGCAGUGGCAGCACCGGUCAAUCCACUUGUGCUAAGGCAAACUGGAAGGGGGUGGUGCAGGGGGCAUGGGGGGGCCACAGGGCCACGGCGGGACAGAGCCUGUUGUAAGGAAAAAAUAGAAAAAGAAAAAAAAAAAAAGGAAAAAAAUUUGUAUAAAGACGUUAUUUUUGUACUACAUCGGAACUACUCCUGCAUGUCGGCAAUAAAACUUCAUACGACA